AUUAUCGUUUUUUAAACGUUGAAUUUAUUUUUACCUUUAUUUGCUCCGAAUAAUAGAUCACGUUUUUUUUACACUUCUUCAAGAUCUUCUCAAAUUCCAGAGCUCAGCGAUCUGGAAUUAAUCGAACACAAUUUCAUUUCAGCUGAAAAAACGUAGAAUCAAGCAGAAAAUGGUGAAGGUAACAAUGCUUGCACGUGUUAUGGAUGGACUACCAUUAGCAGAAGGAUUAGAUGAUGGACGUGAUGUACAGGAUGUUGAAUAUUACAAACAGCAAAUUAAAGCUUUGUUUAAGAAUCUCUCUAAAGGUCAAAAUGAUCCUUCGAGAAUGUCUGUUGAAAGUGGACCUUAUAUUUUUCACUAUAUCAUUGAGGGAAGUGUUUGUUACCUGACAAUGUGUGAUCGGUCUUAUCCAAAGAAGCUUGCAUUUCAAUAUCUGGAAGAUCUCAAGAAUGAAUUUGAGCGUGUAAAUGGGAAUCAAAUUGAAACUGCAGCUAGACCUUAUGCUUUCAUCAAGUUUGAUACAUUUAUUCAGAGAACAAAGAAAUUGUACCAAGAUACGCGUACCCAAAGGAACAUUGCUAAACUAAAUGAUGAGCUCUAUGAAGUGCACCAAAUAAUGACAAGGAAUGUGCAAGAAGUGCUUGGUGUUGGUGAAAAAUUGGAUCAGGUCAGCCAAAUGUCCAGCCGCUUAACAUCUGAAUCACGGAUAUAUGCCGAUAAGGCAAGAGAUCUAAAUCGACAGGCGUUAAUUAGGAAAUGGGCUCCCGUAGCAAUUGUAAUUGGAGUUGUGGUUCUUCUCUUCUGGGUUAAGAAGAAGAUUUGGUGAUGCACUGGCCUCUUGCGGCUCCUUCCUGGAAACGUAUUCGCAGACAUCACCGGAUGAUUCCGUUGCUUACACUUGGACCAUAGGUACCAUGCUACAAAGGGACAGUCCGGUGGUUUUGAACGUAGUAUAUGGUUAAAUGUUUUUAGAGAAAACUAUAUAUAUGCUCGACUAUGUUGUAGAUUACAUAUAACUCCAUUUUGAUGUCAAAAUUCGAGAUAGUGAAACUUGAUUGCCCUCAAUCAUUAUUAUUCAGGCUUUCUUUCGUAUCCCUUGAACACUUUCAGAUGUCAAAGAACCUUGCAAAGUUAUUUUUUUGUAACAGUUAUUUUUUUAUCA